AUGACAGCACUUGCCCUGCACAGCGAAGGCUGGACAUGGCAUUCAGCUGAUGAAUAUCGCAAGCACGUCCCAAAAAGCGAGCUACCGCUGUCCAAGUUCCAUGAAGUGACCGACCUGUUACUCGAUAAUCCAAACUUGAACUCAUCACAUCUAUUUCGUGCAGAUAUCCUGCUUGACUCUUCGAGAAGGCUCAAAAGCAGGGCACAGAAGGAGCAGGAGUAUCAAUCUCUUACUAUCGAGCAACCCAACGGUAGUGCCUCAGAGCCGUCAGCCUGUGUUCGCAACCUCGUGCUCAAUUCAGUGCCACCCUGCCGCACAGUCGUAAGGCAGCUAAUUCCUCGAAACCAAAACCUUGAUCGCUCGCUCCAACAGACCUGCUACUUCUACUCAUUAGCCGAUGGCUCAGAAGCCGUGGUAUAUGUUCCAGACGUCGAAAGCGAACAUCAGAUCCCUUGGUACCACCCGAAGGUGCGUGCACUUGCCUAUGUUUACGAGUCUGCAGAUCCGCAACAGUCAGUCCUGAGCAUCCACAUUGCCCCAUACGGCGAUCUGCAAACCUACAUCAUUCCUGACCGACUGCAUCGAACACUGUUAUCGCUCUCGAACACCUUCAUCCGACUCUGCCGCAUCAAUGGCUCCAACCAGCAGGAUCACGGUCUCAUAUCGGAGGCCCCCGUGGGUUCAGAGAUCGAUCUUCGACCAUCGGCAAUCAAAGACACCAUAGUCCCGCAGCACAUAGUACAGGACACCUACGCUCGUUUGAAGACCGCAUAUGCGGCCGAGCUCAUUGCGGCCUGGGUGGAAUUGACACCGCCAGAGAAGCACGUCUUUGAAGACUUGGCGAUUGCUGCCUUCCUGGUUUGCCUCUGGGAGAAGUCGUACGGCUCGCCGUCGAAAUUUCCCGGCUUUGUUGACCUUGCAUGCGGCAAUGGGUUACUGGUCCACAUUCUGCUUCGGGAAGGCUGGCACGGUAUGGGGCUUGAUGCACGCCGCAGAAAGACGUGGGACAGCCUGAGUCUGGGAGAGAAUGUGCAGGAGAAGAUCAUUGUACCGUCGCUGUUUCUCGACAAAUUGCGCUCUACCAACGACGACGGUUCGAAAGCAGAGUCUUCGAUGGAGGGGCCUAACACCAAGACGCACAACGCCAUCUUCGGCGCAGGCACAUUCCUCAUCUCCAACCAUGCAGAUGAGCUCACGAUCUGGACUCCGAUCCUUGCUGCGCUAUCCGACCCAGCAGAUCCACUACCGUUUCUGAAUAUCCCAUGCUGCAGCCACGCUCUGAGCGGCGAGAAGCAUCGCUACAACCCCAAAGAAGUGCUGCUCGGUCAUUUGAGCACACCCACCAGCCCGAACCUUCGGAGCCCCGAGACUGCCGCCUCAGACACCAUCGACGACUCGCAAGUCAACCACGCAGCAGACCCACAGCCCCACUCCGGCUCCCUGAAAGCACUACGUGCCGAGAAACUUCCCUCUAUCAGCGACACCGCCGUCGACAAAAGCAUGUAUGCUUGUCUCACACGGAAGACAGUGCAGAUCUCGCGUCGAUUGGGCAUUGACGUGCAGUGCACGCUAAUGCGGAUCCCCAGCACCAGGAACAUUGGCGUGGUCCAUUUGGGAAAACAGCGCACCACGGCUGCUGCGGGACAAGUGCCGGAGCAGAGGAAGGAAGAAGUGGAGAAUGUCACGAACGGGGAGAACAAGAACAAUGACGAAGGAUCGUCGGCUGAGUGGCGCAAAGCCCAGGUCAUAGAGGUCGUGGAGCGCGAGUGCCAACGUAGCGGCGGUAUGCAGCGGAGCGCAGAGGUGUGGAUCGAGCGAGCGCGGCGAUUACAUGCAGGUGGAGGUGGGAAGGGACCGAGAGGGAAGGUCAAUUUGGGAGGGCCUCAACAGGUAAAGGUCGACUGA